CAUUUUACAAAGAAGGCGGGAGGUAUGGGCUUGUAAGUUGGUGAAUCGUUGCGUGUGAGUUAAAAAAAGUCGUGUGAAUUAUUUGAUCAUCGAUAACUGAUUGCUCGUAGUGUAGUUUAAAAACCGAGCUGAAGGACAAAUAGUUGUGAUAGUGAAGAGCCUAAGAUUUGAAAUUAUGACGACAUAUUGCCGGUAUACUGUGCCGAUGAAGGCCGAAGUUAGUGUUUUGAACUGUGGCUUUGUGUGAUAAUGUGUUCUGUGCAUCAAAUUAAUUACGAAAAUGACUGACAAGAAGAUUAUGAAGUUAAAUAUUCGACAUAAAGAAGCAAAUAUUGAUAUGGGGUACGUUAAGUGGAGCAGUAAAAGUAAAUCGUGUUCUAAUUUGGGAAACUGCGAAGAGGCUGUACUAGAAGGAACGCAGGUUAAUAUUCUUGACAUUUCUAUGUGCCAGUUGCCAACGACAACAGCCUUACCUCUAUCAGAAUCCACCCCUCGAAGGAAAAGGAGCACUGUUAAUGACUCAGUAGAAUACAAAAGCAAACGAAGAGUUUCGCAACAGACUAAAGAAACUGGAAACGUGUCGCAGCUGCUUAAAACAGACCAGUCUCUAUUUAGUACAUUGAUCGAGAACAUAACGCCUAUAAGAAAUUCGAAGCAGAAACGAAUCCUUAUAAAAAAAUCUCCAGUAAGUAGAAGAUUAAGAGAGAAAUUAUUUAAAAAUGUAAAUGGCAACUUGUGCCCCAGCAUUUCGACUGAAACUAUUAGUUUCACACAAAAGCAGAUGCUUACCCAAGAUGAUUCUGUUUUACAGGCCAUAGAUCUCGGUAUCGUCCAGACUAAAGAAACAGGUACUGAUGAGAUACCUGACGAACUUAAAAACUUGUUCGCAAGUCAAGGCUUUGAUACAUGUGCAACCAACGCAGGAGAAUUUGAAUGUGCCAAUGAUACUGAACAAAGAAUAGUUAACCAUAAUGAAAUACAUGAUAAUUUGAAAGAUUUGUCCAUUAACUGGACCAAUGAAUCUAUGAUUCACAGCGUACUAAAUGAAAAUAAAUCUAAAUGUAUAGGCCUAGAGCAAACGCCGGCUAUCACAAUGCAAGAAAAAAUACGACAAGCAUUGGUAAUGAAUGCGCAGAAACCUGUAACACCAAAACUGUUUUGUAACGAAAACAUAAGUAUGGACAGUAGCAAAGAUCUAAGUCGUCUUGAUGGUCCAUUCUUUGGACUACCAAAAAAAGUAGAAUCGCUCAUCAAGUCUUGUAAAGGCAUCGAUAAGCUUUAUGAAUGGCAGGAAGAGUGCUUGAACUUAAAAGCAUUGAAUGACAGGAAGAAUUUGGUUUAUGCACUUCCUACAAGUGGAGGGAAAACUUUAGUUGCUGAGAUUUUAAUCUUUCGGGAAAUAAUGUGCCACAGGAGAAAUGCUAUAUUUGUUUUACCAUACGUCUCAAUCGUUCAAGAGAAGUAAAGGUACGCUCUAUGGCCCCUUUUGCUGUUGACCUGGACUUCAUGCUAGAAGAGUAUGCAGCUGGUAAGGGACAAUAUCCUCCAACAAAGAGAAGAAAGAGGCAUUCUGUAUACAUAGCAACAAUGGAAAAAGCACUUGGCAUUGUCAACAGCCUACUUGAGACAAAGCGAAUGGAAGAAAUAGGGCUUGUAGUGGUUGAUGAAUUGCAUUUAAUUGGAGACACAGACAGUUCACGGUCAGCAACUCUGGAAAUCCUCCUCACAAAGCUUCGUUUCUCUGCUAGGCAUGUCCAAAUAGUAGGAAUGAGUGCAACCAUUGGCAACAUUCAGGAAGUUGCUACAUUCCUAAAUGCUGAAAUUUACUCACGCAAUUUUCGUCCUGUGGAACUGAAGGAAUAUGUGAAAUGCGAAAGAAAUAUUUUUGAGGUCAAUUCGAAAUUGAAAGGUUCUGAAGAAAUGCUCUCUCUUGUUAGGACCAUGGAUAUGCCACCCCCAUCAUGCAAUGGAGACCAAGACCAUAUUGCUCGAUUAGUGUGUGAAGUAAUACCACAUGAUUCUUGCCUAGUGUUUUGUGCCACAAAGAAAAAUUGUGAAAAUGUUGCAUUGCUUGUGUCUAAGAAUUUGCCAAGAGAGAUCUUGGACCACAGGAAAGAGGAGAAACAAGCCCUGAUAAGAACUCUUAUAUCUGAAUUGAAUGGUAGUCUUUGUCCUGUACUGCAGAAGACAUUGCCUUAUGGAAUGGGAUAUCACCACUCAGGUCUUACAGUCGAUGAACGUAGGCUUUUAGAAGAGGCUUUCCUUGUUGGCACACUGUGUUGCCUCUUUUGCACGUCAACAUUGGCAGCCGGUGUGAAUCUUCCUGCAAAAAGAGUUAUCCUACGUUCUCCAUAUGUUGGACAAAAAUUUCUGAGUCCCAGCCGAUACAAGCAAAUGAUUGGUAGGGCUGGUCGUGCUGGUUUUGGAGCCUCUGGUGAAAGCAUUCUAAUUUGCAAACCUUCAGAAGUUCAUAUGGUUAACAGCUUAAUUCAGUCUCCAGUUGAUGACGCUUGCAGCACUUUACACAAGCCAGAUAAUGUCGGUCUCCAGACGCUAAUGCUCAGUGCAAUUGGUCUAGGGUUGGCAACAACACGUGCUCGUCUGCAUGAUCUCGCACGCACCACUCUCCUUUCAGUUCAAGAAAAAAGACUUGAAGUUGAUGUACUGCAGCUAACAGAUGCUGCUGUUUCUCAUCUUGUUCGGACUGGGGCAGUAGCUAUUGUGAGUUCACCAGCAGUGGUAAAUGAAAGCGAUGUGCUGUCAGUAAGCAUGUCCACUGCAUGCAAUGUGUCUUCCAGCAAAAGGAAAUCCCGGGUCACAUUACACUCAGAGACUGAACUUACUGUGAGUAAAUUGGGACGUGCUGCCAUGAAAGGCCCAAUUCCCCUCCAUAAUGUGCAGCAGCUAAAAUCUGAUCUUGUGCAAGCACAGGCAAGCCUUGUCCUGUUAACAUGCUUACAUCUUCUGUACUUAGUUACGCCAUAUGAUAUGGUUAACCAGAUCACACCUAUCCCUAAUAUUUAUUUUUCUGUGUGUGAAAGGCUGAACAAGAAGGACUGGCAGACAGCUCGUGUUAUAGGCUUCUCAGAAGCGACAAUGGUAAAAAUAAUGAAGGGGCAGAGAAUCAAGUCACUGCCAGAAAGAGUAAUAAAAAGAUUCUAUUUAACUUUAAUUAUAUAUGAGCUUUGGAAUGAAACUCCAGUGUGGGUGGUGGCAGAAAAAUUUCAGUUACCAAGAGGAUUUGUUCAAACCUUGAUGGUUAAUUCAUCAACAUUUGCUUCGUGUGUUAUGCGAUUCUGUGAGGAGUUACCAGAGUUCUGGGCAUUUAAAGAUCUUUUGUCAAGUUUCACACAGCGCUUAUCACAUUGUUGCACACUUGAACUUAUCCCUCUUAUGGAACUCCCUGCUGUGAAAAGGGGUCGAGCAAAACAAUUGUACAAUGCUGGUUUUAAAACCAUAACUGAUGUUGCAAAUGCUGAUCCAAAACAGCUUGUUCGUAUGGUUGACCAUUUGCCAACACGGGUAGCUAAACAGAUUGUUUCAGCAGCAAAGAUGUUGCUGAUACAGAAAGCAGAAACACUCAGAGAAGAAGCGGAAUCUGUCUUAGAUGGGCUGAACAUUGAAGUGAAAGAGGAGGUAGAAGAAGAAACUUGAUUUUCUUUGUUAAGGAGUAUCAAUCUAGUCUCGAAUGUUAUAAACAGAUUCAUGUCAUUAACUUAGCUACAGAAAUAUAUUUGACCUUGUCUAAUCGUGGUGCUGUGAAAAUAAUUAAAACCUAGUUUGUAACACUUA